CAUUUAGCCUCCAAUAUUUAAAACUCAUGCUUGCUCUCUCUCUCUCUCUCUCUCUCUCUCUCUCUCUCUCUCUCUCUCUCUCUCUCUCUCUCUCUUCUGUACACCUUUGCCAAACUAUUCAUUGGUUUAGCAACUACUUGGCUGUGUCUAAAGAGUAUAUUUUGCUCUUCCUGAUCCUGUUAGUCUCCUCCUCCUCCUCCCCUAUCAUCUCCCGUUUUCUUUAUGUCGCAUCACGGCUGCUGUUAGUCUCAUUGGAUCCGAUGACCAAGUGCCAGUGCUUCAGUGGACACAGCAGAAACUGCUUGCUCAUAGCAUACCUCUGCCAAGAUUACAAUUUCCCCGAAACUAAGACCAGCGUGAGGCGAGAUGAGUGCGGAGACGUGGCUGCUGUUGGUGGCCGUACUAGUGUUGUUGUGGACCUACUCUAAAUGGCGACAUAAUUACUGGGCAUCUAAGGGCGUGGUCUCUCCGCCAGCCCUGCCAUUCAUUGGCCAUAUGAAAUACUUCGUUAUUGGUUAGCGCUGGAUUUCCUUAAAUAAGUUUUAUCGAGAGCUACGCAACCACAAGUUUUAUGGGCUGUACGAGUUUUUCAAUCCCGUACUUAUGAUUACUGACCCUGAACUUCUUAAGCACAUCUUGGUGAAGGAUUUUGAACACUUCGUAGACAGGCGUCGGUUCGGGGACCAGGAAGGCUCCAUCAUGACUGAGAUGCUCACUAAUAAAUUUGGUGAGGAAUGGAAAGACCUUCGAGCUGUCAUGACUCCAACAUUCUCAUCUGGCAAAAUGCGAAGUAUGUUUCAUUUGAUUUGCGAAAAAGCAGAUAACCUGGUUUCUUUUUCUCUCAAGAAUGCAGUCAACAACAGGCCUGUUGACAUGAAGGACAUGUUUGGUCGUUUCACCAUGGAUACAAUUGCUUCUUGUGCCUUUGGUAUUGAAUGCAACUCGCUUUCUGAUUCCAAGCCCGUGUUUGCAGACAAAGCUGAGCAGUUUUUCAAUUUUCAUGGUCUUAAAGCAUUGAAAAUGAUUUUCAUGAUAGUCUUACCAAAAUUAUAUAAUUUUCUUGGAUUCAAAGUGGAUGAUCCCCAGAUUGAAUUUUUCACAAAGCUCUCCAAAGAAAACAUUGAGCUUCGGGAGAAAGGAGAAAGACGAGGAGACUUUUUAGAUCUGCUGCUGGAGGCGAAAGCUUCGGAAAACGAUAUCCGUCCAGGAAAAAAAGUAUUUGGAGAGCAAACGUUAGUCGCGCAGAGUGUGCUAUUCCUUGUGGCUGGUUAUGAUACCACUGCUUCGGCACUCGCCUUCUCUGUCUACAACAUUGCCAGGCAUCCCCAGUACCAACAUCAGCUUCGGCAAGAGCUGCAGGAGCUUGUGAAGGAGCACGGCUCAAUCAACUACCAGGGGAUCAUGGAAGCCAAAUACCUGGACGCUGUUCUAAUGGAAACGCUGAGACUUUACCCACCAGGAAUUGUAGGGGAGCGGAUGUGCACCAAACAAUACAAGAUUCCUGGCACAGAUUUAAUUCUGAACCCAGGAAACUUGAUCCAGUUCCCCCUGUGGAGCAUCCAUCAUGACCCUCAGUACUGGCCCGAGCCCGAGGAGUUUAAGCCUGAUCGCUUCCUGCCACAAAACAGGGGCAGCAUCAUCAGUUUCACGCACAUGCCCUUUGGUAUGGGUCCCAGAAAUUGCAUAGCCAUGAGAUUCGCCCUCAUGGAGGCCAAGGUGGCCCUGGCUCAACUCAUCUUGGCGGCCGAGUUAAAGCUGGCACCAGGACAUGAAAAACUGGAAUUCCAAGACUUUCCCUUCCUAAUGAGACCAAAAGGUGGUGUGAUGCUGUUGCUCACACCACUUAAAAAAGAGUGAAAAGACUUAUGUUAUGUAAGAGGACAACCAGAGCCUGAGAAUCGAGGAGUGAAGGUAAGUAAGUAACGUGAUGUAUUAGCAUCGAUACCCAACCAGCGCAGAAUACCCAUCAAACACAUUCAACUCGCUAAACUACAAACUUUUCUAGAGUAGACGGUCUGCUACACCUAUCACUUAUUUCUGUGUCUAAUAAUAUGUGUCUGGUCUUAUUGAGACCACACUCAAGGGAUGAAAAUUUCUUGGAUACUGGCCGUAUCUUUGUUUAUUGCAUCUUUGUUAUUAUUGAUCACAAAAACCUCAUUGUGGUCUUAUGUUAAAGCUUCAGAAGUGUAUUAUGUCAUGCUAUUGUUAAAAAUAAAAGCAAAACGAGUUACAAAAACAAAUAAAUAAAAUAAAAUAAAUAAAAACAUGCUUACUUGGAGACAUCUAGCAUGCUCAAUGUUCAACUUCAAUUCGUAAUAACUCAAUAUUUUUGCAAUUGACGAAGCUCUGUUCUGUACAUGAUUUAAUAAAGAAUACAGCUAUGUA